UUGGUUUAGAUGCACACACUCAGUGUCACUUCCCUGUUCUACUUUCCUGUCUGUCCUCUCACAGGCCUCCUGAAUCAUAUCAGAAAUCUAUAUAUGCCCAUUACACUAUUCAGAAUAUGUUCCUCUGUAGCUCAGUUGGUAGAACAUGGCACCUACAACGUUAUGGGUUUGGUUCCCGGGACCACCCAUAGGUCAAAUAUAUGCACAAAGACUGUACAUUGCUUUUGAUAACCUAAUUACAAUAUGAAUGGACAGCAGACUACCAUAGACCACACAGUCAGUACAGCAGGCUAUGGUGAUGUUCAUUCCUGCCUCUCCUAGAUACAGCUUCUACCAGUACUGUACAACAGAGGAGGCUGGUAUACAGGAGGAUGGGCUCAUUAUAAUGGCUGGAAUGACAGGAACAUCAUUCAUUUUAUUCCCAUUACUUCCCAAAUGAAUGAGGACAUCAUGAGGACUGGAGGCUGCAGUAAUGUUGAGAUGCCAGUAGGGAGAGUUCUAGUCUAGAACACUGGAACCUUCAGUACCACUUUGAUGCAGCUAAUUAGGAGUGAUGGUCAUGGGUGUUUAAAUUGAAUGGGUUCUAAUUGAAUAACAUCAUGGAACUUUGACCUGUAUAUACAGAACUCAGAAGGGCAAGACUGCAGGGUGGGAGAUGCAACAAUGUCCUUGAGAACAGCAGGAAGUGUGUUGAUGGUCUUUCUCUGGUCUGUAGCAGUGGUACUGGGUCAGAGAGGAUGGAGUGUGACUUACACCACUCAGAGUAUCUGUACCUUGAAGGGGUCAACAGUGGAUCUGACCUGCUCUUUCAGAUAUCCCAGAGGUCAUAAAGUCACAUCAACCUUCUGGUUCACUAAAAUUGAGACUGAAGAUCUAGGUCAGAACCCAGAGUAUGCAGGUCGUCUGGUGUAUAAUGGAGAUAAGAAGAAAGACUGUACCCUGAGAAUCACAGACCUGAGAGAGAGAGACUCAGCUACAUACAAGUUCAGAUUAUUAACAGAUCAGGAAGGAGGGACAUUUACUGGCAAACUUGGAGUGACUUUGUCUGUCACAGGUCUUCAGGUGAAGGUGACUGGUGGACAUCAGGAUAAGACACUGACCUGUAUCACCACCUGUACUCUGACUGACAACCCCACCUACAUCUGGUACAAGAACGGACAACGUCUAGAUGAGCCCACUUCCCAUCAAUACUCUAGUAAUACCCUAGUAGUGUUGGGUCAUUCUGUGGACAGUUACUCCUGUGCUGUAGAACACCAUGAGGACCUCCACUCUCCUGCAGUGUGGAAACAGACCUCAGUUCUGACUGCAGCUGUAGGAAUCACAGUGGUUCUGGUUCUCAUCCUCUGUUUCUCUGGACUCAUGUGGUUCAGGAAGAGGGCCUCCAAAUCCCCCUGACACAAGAGACACAGCAGACGAUGGACAGGGAGACUCUAGUCCAGUGUAUGACAACAUCUCAAACAUGGCCAAGAACUCUACUGCAGCACAGACAGAGUCCACAGACGACCAGGAUGAUGUUCACUACGCCAGUGUCCACUUCUCUCGUUCCAAAAACCAGGAAGUGCCUCUGUACUCCACCGUCCAAGUGCUUCAACCCCAGAAAGAGGAUGAGGAUGUCCACUACGCUGCUGUGAAAUUCAACCUCCCCAGUUCUGCCACCUUGUGAGCAUAUUCUGCAUUA